AUGUCUGAAAUGUUUUGCAGAGGUGAAUCUGGUGCCGGGAAGACUGAAAACACUAAGAAGGUUAUUCAGUACCUUGCUCAUGUUGCUUCCUCCCAUAAAGGAAGAAAGGACCAUAAUAUUCCUCCCGAAUCACCUAAACCCGUGAAACAUCAGGGGGAGCUGGAGCGUCAGCUUCUUCAGGCGAAUCCCAUUCUGGAAUCCUUCGGGAAUGCAAAGACAGUGAAAAAUGACAACUCCUCCCGCUUUGGCAAGUUCAUUAGGAUUAACUUUGAUGUUACUGGUUAUAUUGUUGGGGCCAACAUCGAGACAUACUUGUUGGAAAAGUCUCGCGCUGUUCGUCAGGCUAAAGAUGAGCGGACAUUUCAUAUCUUCUAUCAACUACUAGCUGGAGCAGGAGAACACCUGAAGUCUGACUUGCUGCUUGAAGGAUUUAACAAUUACAGAUUUUUAUCUAAUGGCUACAUCCCCAUUCCUGGGCAACAAGACAAGGAUAACUUUCAGGAGACUAUGGAAGCCAUGCAUAUCAUGGGAUUUUCACAUGAUGAGAUCUUGUCAAUGCUGAAAGUGGUAUCUUCCGUGCUACAAUUUGGAAAUAUUUCCUUUAAGAAGGAGAGAAAUACUGAUCAAGCUUCUAUGCCAGAGAAUACUGUCGCACAGAAACUCUGCCAUCUGCUGGGAAUGAACGUGAUGGAGUUCACCCGGGCCAUACUGACACCACGCAUCAAGGUUGGCAGAGACUACGUUCAGAAAGCCCAGACCAAAGAACAAGCAGACUUUGCAGUGGAAGCCUUGGCAAAGGCCACCUAUGAACGCCUCUUCCGCUGGCUUGUUCACCGCAUUAAUAAAGCUUUGGACAGGACCAAACGACAGGGAGCAUCUUUUAUUGGAAUUCUGGAUAUCGCUGGAUUUGAAAUCUUCGAGCUGAACUCCUUCGAGCAACUCUGCAUCAACUACACCAAUGAGAAGCUUCAACAGUUAUUCAACCACACAAUGUUUAUCCUGGAGCAAGAGGAGUACCAACGGGAGGGUAUAGAGUGGAAUUUCAUUGACUUUGGACUGGAUCUGCAGCCUUGCAUUGACUUAAUCGAAAGACCCGCGAAUCCUCCUGGUGUGUUAGCAUUACUGGAUGAAGAAUGCUGGUUCCCUAAAGCUACUGACAAGACGUUUGUGGAAAAAUUGGUCCAAGAGCAAGGAACCCACUCCAAGUUCCAAAAGCCAAGACAGCUAAAGGACAAAGCAGACUUCUGCAUUAUUCACUACGCAGGGAAGGUAGACUACAAGGCAGAUGAGUGGCUGAUGAAGAACAUGGACCCCCUGAAUGACAAUGUGGCUACACUCUUGCACCAGUCUUCAGACAAGUUUGUUGCAGAGCUUUGGAAAGAUGAGAUUCAGAAUAUUCAGAGAGCCUGUUUCUAUGACAAUAUUACUGGUCUUCAUGAUCCACCAGUGGAUCGUAUUGUGGGUCUGGAUCAGGUCACUGGAAUAACAGAGACAGCUUUUGGCUCUGCGUACAAGACCAAGAAGGGCAUGUUUCGUACUGUUGGCCAACUGUACAAAGAAUCUCUCACCAAACUGAUGGCAACGCUCCGAAACACUAAUCCCAAUUUUGUUCGCUGCAUCAUUCCAAAUCAUGAAAAGAGGGCUGGAAAAUUGGAUCCACAUCUGGUUCUAGAUCAGCUUCGCUGCAACGGUGUUUUGGAAGGAAUAAGGAUUUGUCGACAAGGUUUUCCAAACAGGAUAGUGUUCCAGGAAUUUAGACAGAGGUAUGAGAUCCUUACUCCCAAUGCAAUUCCAAAAGGUUUUAUGGAUGGUAAGCAAGCCUGUGAGCGUAUGAUCAGAGCGUUAGAGCUGGACCCCAACUUAUACCGAAUUGGACAGAGCAAGAUCUUUUUCCGAGCUGGUGUCUUGGCACACUUAGAAGAAGAACGAGAUCUGAAGAUCACAGACAUCAUCAUCUUCUUCCAGGCAGUCUGUAGAGGAUACCUGGCCAGGAAGGCCUUUGCAAAGAAACAACAGCAACUGAGUGCACUGAAAAUCCUGCAGAGAAAUUGCGCUGCAUAUUUAAAGCUUAGGCACUGGCAGUGGUGGAGAGUCUUCACAAAGGUGAAGCCUCUUCUUCAGGUCACUCGUCAAGAAGAAGAACUUCAAGCCAAGGAUGAGGAGCUAAUGAAGGUGAAAGAAAAACAGACUAAAGUGGAGGCAGAACUUGAGGAAAUGGAAAGGAAACAUCAACAGCUUCUAGAAGAGAAGAACAUUCUUGCAGAGCAGCUACAGGCUGAGACGGAGCUCUUUGCAGAAGCUGAGGAGAUGAGGGCUCGCUUGGCUGCCAAAAAACAAGAGUUGGAAGAAAUUCUCCAUGAUUUGGAGUCCAGGGUUGAGGAAGAAGAGGAAAGAAACCAAAUAUUGCAGAAUGAGAAAAAGAAAAUGCAGGGCCACAUUCAGGACCUGGAGGAACAGCUCGAUGAGGAGGAGGGAGCUCGACAGAAGUUGCAGCUUGAAAAAGUGACAGCUGAAGCUAAGAUCAAGAAGAUGGAGGAAGAGAUCCUACUGUUGGAGGACCAAAAUUCCAAAUUUUUGAAGGAGAAGAAGCUGAUGGAGGAUCGAAUUGCUGAAUGUACUUCUCAGCUGGCUGAAGAAGAGGAAAAGGCCAAAAACUUGGCCAAACUCAAGAACAAGCAGGAAAUGAUGAUCACCGAUUUGGAAGAGCGUUUGAAAAAGGAGGAGAAGACCCGUCAAGAAUUAGAAAAAGCUAAAAGAAAACUUGAUGGUGAGACAACAGACCUACAGGACCAAAUAGCUGAGCUGCAAGCCCAGAUUGAAGAACUGAAGAUCCAGCUGGCCAAGAAAGAGGAAGAACUGCAGGCUGCUCUUGCUAGAGGUGAUGAAGAAGCAGUUCAGAAAAACAAUGCACUGAAAGUGAUAAGAGAGUUGCAGGCUCAAAUCGCAGAACUCCAGGAGGAUCUUGAAUCUGAGAAGGCAUCACGCAACAAGGCAGAAAAGCAGAAAAGAGAUUUAAGUGAAGAGUUGGAGGCUUUGAAAACUGAACUUGAAGAUACUUUGGAUACCACUGCAGCGCAGCAAGAGCUGAGGACAAAGCGAGAGCAGGAGGUGGCUGAACUGAAGAAAGCAAUUGAAGAGGAAACCAAAAACCAUGAAGCACAGAUCCAGGAAAUCAGGCAGAGGCAUGCUACUGCCCUGGAAGAGCUUUCUGAACAACUUGAACAGGCCAAAAGGUUCAAAGCAAAUCUUGAAAAAAACAAGCAAGGCCUAGAGUCGGACAACAAGGAGUUAGCCUGUGAAGUGAAGGUACUGCAGCAGGUCAAGGCAGAAUCUGAACAUAAGAGGAAGAAGCUUGAUGCUCAGGUACAAGAGCUAACUGCUAAGGUCACAGAAGGAGAAAGACUGCGGGUGGAACUGGCAGAGAAAGCUAACAAGCUGCAGAACGAGUUGGAUAAUGUCUCGAGUCUCCUGGAGGAAGCAGAGAAGAAAGGCAUUAAGUUUGCCAAGGAUGCAGCUAGUUUGGAAUCUCAGCUUCAGGAUACACAGGAGCUGCUUCAGGAAGAAACACGCCAGAAACUCAACCUGAGCAGUAGGAUUAGGCAGCUGGAGGAGGAGAAGAACAACCUGCAAGAGCAGCAGGAAGAGGAAGAGGAGGCCAGAAAGAACUUGGAGAAACAGAUGCUCGCCUUGCAGUCACAGGUAAGCUGUGUAAGAGGCAGGGCUUC